AUGGAGUCAGAUUUGCUGGCUCUUGAGUUAGCUUGUUUUGAGGCUGAGUGGCUAAGAGAUUUCUUAGCGAAUAUCCCUUUAUUAAAGGAUGAAUUGCCUCCUGUAUUUUUACAUUGUGAUUGUCAAGCGGCAAUAGCUAUUGCAAAGAAUAAAUCUUAUAAUUUUAAGAGCAGACACAUGAAAUUAAGACAUGCUGUCGUUAAGCAGCUGCUGAGAGAUGGAAUAAUUUCCACUGAUUAUGUGAAGUCAGAAAUGAAUUUGGCCGUUUCACUGACUAAACCUGCAAAGGCUGCUUGUGCUUCUCAGAAAGGUGACUCCUUGCACACUGCAAGUGCAAGAAGUCAGGGGCACGUGGCUAAGACAAUGAAAAAGGCUACGGGACAGAUGCCGACUCAGGAUCAGUUAUUCCUAAAGACCCACACAAAAAAGAAGAAACAGGAGUCGGAUCCGAUCGUAUGGGUUGAGGAUAGGGCAUGUGAAUCCUAUAUGGUGAGGACGCGAUCGACUGCUACUGGGGGCCAGGAGCCUGCACCUGCACCUGCACCCGCACCCGCAUCCAUACCCGUGGCCCGAGCAGCUGUCUGUGGGCGAGGUAGGGGACGUGGCAGGGGCAGAGGCCGUGCAGCUAUUCCAGAUAGGAACCAAGCACCAGCAAAUGCUCAGGACCCGGACAUAGAGUUGACUUCGGAGCUUGAUGACAUUCCGGAGGAGGAGAUUAGGGCUGCUGAGACACAGCCCGGGGAGGCGGUGUUUCGAGUGUUGGGGUACUUUGACAGUUUGGCUCAAGCGGGCAUGAUUCCAGUUGCUCCAGAUAGCUCGCAGACUAGAGUGGGAGGUCAUACUCCCGAUGCUACGGUUGCUCCAGGAUUUCGGACAUCGAGGGUAUUGCCGGCAGCAGCAGUGGCUCCCCGUAUUGAUACUACUCCAGCGCCUGAUUUUGCUCUAAGGCCUAUGGAUGGGCCAGUGUUGACCAGUGAGGAGCGAAAAUUGUUCGAGGGGUUUACCAAAAUGUCUCCUCCUUGGUUCUAUGGUACUCUCGGGGAGGAUGCGUAUGAGUUUAUUGUUAGCUGCCAUGAGAUGCUUCAUAAGUUGGGUGUAGUGGAGUCUCACGGGGUCGAUUAUGUUUCUUUCCAGUUAGUUGGGGAUGCCAAACAGUGGUGGAGAUCGUACAUGGAGUGUCGACCAGUUGGGUCGCCACCUUUGACCUGGACCCAGUUCUACCAGGUAUUCCUAGAAAAGUAUGUCCCUCGUACUCUGAGAGACAACAGGAAGGAUGAGUUUUCGACAUUGGAGCAGCGGGGUAGGUCGGUUGCAGAGUAUGAGACCAGAUUUCUCGCUUUGUCCCGUUAUGCGACGGCAUUACUUUUCACGGAAGCUGAGAGAGUGAGGAGAUUUGUGAAAGGUUUGGACCUUCCGCUUCGGUUGGCGACCUUACAGUUGGAGGCUUCUGGGGCCUCAUUUCAGUUAGUAGUAGAGCAUGCCAGGAGGGUUGAGUCAGAGAUGGGUCGGGCACAUAGUGGGGUUGGUGACAAGAAAGCUCGUAGAUUUGACAGUUUCAGAGGUCCUGUUAGAGGUGGGGGACACCAUGACAGGGUUCGUCAUCAUCCCCACAGCCGCCCCAUCCAGUCAUCACUACAGGCUUUAGCAGGUGGUCCUUCAGGUUAUAGCGGGCACAGUUCUGAGCAGACUUCCCGAGGUUCUUACUCUCGACCUUCAGACCGCGGAGGGUAUUCUGGUUCUUCUAUGACAGUUCAGCAGCCUAUAGCCAGAGGAGCAUGUUUUGAGUGUGGUGGGACAGGGCAUUACGCGAUAGAGUGUCCUAGAUCCAGGCAGGGUUCCAGAGUUCAGACAUCUAGGCCUCCAGCACCGCAAGCUAGAGGAGGAGGAUAUUCUGGUAGAGGGGGUUCGCAGUCUGGCAGGGGUGGCCAUCAGCCUAGCAGAGGUGGUCAUCAGUCAGGUAGGGGCAGCGCUCAGUCAUCCGAGGGUGGACGUGCUCAUUUCUAUGCUUUUCCGGGUAGACCUGAGGCCGAGGCCUCUGAUGCGGUUAUCACAGGUAUUAUUUCGGUUUGUGACCGAUCAGCUUCUGUCUUAUUUGAUCCGGGUUCUACUUUCUCUUAUGUGUCCACUUAUUUCUCUACGGGUCUGGAUAUGCUUUGUGAUAUGCUUGAUGUACCUAUUCGCGUCUCUACUCCUGUCGGAGAUUCUGUGAUAGUAGAUCGGGUCUAUAGGUCUUGUGUGGUCACAUUUAUGGGGUAUGAUACUUGGGUAGACUUGGUUAUUUUGGAUAUGGUGGACUUUGAUAUUAUUUUGGGCAUGGACUGGUUAUCUCCCUAUCAUGCUAUUUUAGACUGUCACGCCAAGACAGUCACGUUGGCCAUGCCAGGUAUUCCGCGGUUAGAGUGGAAGGGUACUCCUAGUCCAGCACCUAAGAAGAUCAUAUCAUUUCUUCGGGCAAGGAAGUUAGUGGAUAAGGGAUGUUUAGCAUAUUUGGCUCAUGUUCGGGAUACUAGUGUGGAUACCCCUUCCCUGGAGUCGGUGCCAGUUGUUUGUGAAUUCUCAGAGGUUUUCCCCACAGACUUGCCCGGUAUGCCGCCUGAUCGAGAUAUUGACUUUUGUAUUGACUUGGAGCCAGGCACCCGACCUAUUUCGAUUUCACCUUAUCGGAUGGCUCCGGCAGAGUUGAGAGAGUUAAAGGAGCAGUUGCAAGACUUGUUGAGCAAAGGAUUUAUUAGACCUAGUGUUUCUCCCUGGGGAGCUCCCGUUCUGUUCGUGAAGAAGAAAGAUGGUACCAUGCGGAUGUGUAUCGAUUACCGGCAAUUGAAUAAGGUUACAAUCAGAAAUAAGUAUCCAAUACCCCGCAUUGAUGACUUAUUUGACCAGCUUCAGGGCGCAUCGAUUUUUUCUAAGAUUGAUUUGAGGUCAGGCUAUCAUCAGUUGAAGAUUCGAGCGGAGGAUAUUCCGAAGACCGCUUUUAGGACCCGUUAUGGUCAUUAUGAGUUCUUGGUGAUGUCUUUCGGGCUUACUAAUGCCCCCGCAGCGUUCAUGGAUUUGAUGAAUGGGAUCUUCAAGCCUUACUUGGAUUCGUUCGUCAUCGUGUUUAUUGAUGACAUCUUGGUGUACUCUCGGAGUAAGGAAGAUCAUGAGAAACAUCUAAGGAUCGUGCUUGGCCUAUUGCAGGAGAAGAAAUUGUAUGCUAAGUUUUCCAAGUGUGAGUUCUGGCUCAGUUCCGUAGCAUUUUUGGGACAUGUUGUGUCCAAGAAUGGGAUUAUGGUUGAUCCCAAGAAGAUCGAGGCGGUUAGAGAUUGGGCCAGGCCUACUUUGGUGACUGAGAUUCGGAGCUUCGUUGGCCUUGCGAGUUAUUAUCGUCGAUUUGUGAAGGGGUUUUCAUCUAUUGCUUCCCAUUUGACUAGGUUGACUCAAAAGAAUGUGCCUUUCCAGUGGUCCGAGGAGUGUGAAGAGAGCUUUCAAAAGCUCAAGGCUUUAUUGCCUUCACCCCCGAUUUUGGCUUUACCUGUGGAGGGAAAGGACUUUACUGUUUAUUGUGAUGCUUCUCGGAUUGGCUUGGGUUGUGUGCUGAUGCAAGAGGGUAGGGUGAUCGCGUAUGCUUCGAGACAGUUGAAGGUUCACGAGAAAAACUACCUCACUCAUGACUUAGAGUUGGCUGCAGUAGUCUUCGCUUUGAAGAUUUGGAGACAUUACUUGUAUGGAGUCCAUUGUGAGGUGUUCACGGAUCACCGUAGUCUUCAGCACGUGUUUAAUCAGCGGGACCUAAAUUCGAGGCAGCGUAGAUGGAUGGAGUUGCUUAAGGACUAUGAUAUCACCAUUCUUUAUCAUCCGGGAAAGGCAAAUGUGGUAGCUGAUGCGUUGAGCCGAAAGGCAGUGAGUAUGGGUAGCUUGGCGCGCUUGAUUGUGGGAGAGCGUCCUUUAGCCAUGGAGAUGCAGAGUUUGGCUAAUAGUAUGGUGAGACUCGAUAAUUCAGAACCUGGUAAGGUUCUAGCUUAUGUGGAGGUGAGGUCAUCUCUUUUGGAGCAGAUUAGGGCCCAGCAGUUUGAGGAUGUGAAAUUGUGCAAGAUUCGGGAUAAAAUGCUAAGUGGAGAAGCCAAAGAGGCUAUUCUUGAUAAUGAAGGUGUUUUGAGGAUUAAAGGGCGCAUUUGCGUUCCUAGGGUUGGUGAUUUGAUUCCGUUGAUCUUGAAAGAGGCUCAUAGUUCCAGAUACUCCAUUCAUCCAGGAGCAACAAAAAUGUAUCGUGACUUGAGGCAACACUAUUGGUGGGGUCAAAUGAAGAGAGACAUUGUGGAGUUUGUUGCUCGGUGUUCGAAUUGCCAGCAGGUUAAGUAUGAGCACCAGAGACCAGGUGGUGUGCUUCAGAGGAUGCCCAUUCCGGAAUGGAAAUGGGAAAGGAUUGCUAUGGAUUUCGUGGUUGGUCUUCCGAAGACUUUGGGCAAGUUUGAUUCGAUUUGGGUUAUUGUGGAUAGGUUGACUAAAUCUGCACACUUCAUUCCGGUUCAGACUACGUAUAACGCGGAGAAGUUGGCCAGAAUCUACAUCCGAGAGAUAGUGCGAUUGCAUGGGGUUCCUAUUUCCAUCAUUUCCGACAGAGGCACUCAGUUUACUUCCCAUUUCUGGAGGACUUUGCAGAAGGAAUUGGGAACUCAGUUAGAUCUUAGCACCGCGUUCCACCCGCAGACAGAUGGUCAGUCAGAGAGGACUAUUCAGGUGCUUGAGGACAUGUUGAGGGCUUGUGUUCUUGAUUUUGGUGGUCAUUGGGACAAAUUCUUACCCUUGGCAGAGUUCGCGUACAACAAUAGCUACCAUUCCAGUAUUGAUAUGGCGCCAUUCGAGGCUUUAUAUGGUAAGAGGUGUCGUUCUCCUAUUGGGUGGUUUGAUGCUUUUGAGGUUCGACCUUGGGGUACAGAUUUGCUGAGGGAGUCUUUGGACAAGGUGAAGCUUAUUCAGGAAAAGCUUCGGGCAGGUCAGAGUAGGCAAAAGGAGUAUGCUGACCGGAAGGUUCGUGAUAUGGAGUUCAUGGUUGGUGAGCAGGUCCUAUUGAAGGUUUCACCAAUGAAGGGUGUGAUGCGAUUUGGGAAGAAGGGCAAGUUGAGCCCGAGGUUUAUUGGCCCUUUUGAGAUUCUUCGUCGUGUUGGUGAGGUGGCAUACGAGUUAGCUUUGCCACCAGGUUUGGCAGGUGUUCAUCCGGUAUUCCAUGUUUCCAUGCUGAAGAAGUACCAUUCAGACGGUUCUUAUAUCAUUCAAUGGGAUUCGGUAUUAUUUGACCAGAAUAUUUCCUUCGAGGAAGAGCCAGUAGCAAUCUUGGAUCGGCAAGUGAGGAAACUGAGGUCUAAGGAUAUUGCAUCAGUUAAGGUACAAUGGAAGCACCGUCCGGUUGAGGAGGCCACUUGGGAAACCGAGGCGGAUAUGCGGAGUAGAUAUCCGCAGUUGUUCAAUAGUUCAGGUCGAUAUGUAGAAUUCAAAAUUGAAGGAAUCCAGUACGAUUCAAAUUCGAACUAUAAUGGAUUGAUUUCUACAAUUGCUGCUCAACUGGGGAUAGAUACCACAGUCCAAACCAUAAUGAUUAAAUACAUUGCUAGUGACUGA